GUCGGGUAGUUCAUAACUGCAUAUUAGCACGAAUUUAAAAUAUUGCACGCUUGCAAAACGUUUAAUUUACAUACUCCAAUGCCUUUCUUGUACUAAGGCAUGCGCUUUACGUUUCCUUGGCUAUUACGGUAACGUGAGGUAGGCGGACGUUUGCGUCGGAAUGUACCAUUUUGCCAACACACCGGGAAGGAUUAUGUUGUGACAGCGGACUUACAACCCGGCGGGGGAGACGGUAAUAACAUAGGGUUUUUUUCCAGCUUGGAUCAAUUAUGGCCUUCAGCAAGGGAUAUCGUAUUUACCACAAGCUGGACCCACCACCUUACAGUGUCAUAGUGGAAACUAGGGCCAGGGAGGAAUGCCUCAUGUUUGAAUCAGCAGCUGUUGCUGUUCUGUCGGCAGCAGAGAAGGAUGCUAUUAAAAACACAUAUACCAAGAUAGUAGAUGCCUAUGGAAUUCUGGGUGUUCUUCGCCUAAACCUUGGUGACUCCAUGCUCCACAGUCUUGUAGUUGUGACAGGCUGUAGCUCUGUGGGCAAGGUGCAGGAUUCAGAAGUUUUCAGGGUCACGCAGACAGACUUUAUAUCACUGAAGAAUGAUCCAGGAGAUGAGGAACGAAUUGCUGAGGUGCGAAAGGUCCUAAACUCAGGACAUUUCUACUUUGCCUGGUCUUCCACUGGAGUCAGCAUGGACUUGAGUCUUAAUGCACAUCGCAGAAUCAUAGAAGACACUACAGAUAACCGCUUCUUUUGGAAUCAAUCUCUGCAUCUGCACCUAAAACAUUACGGUGUAAACUGUGACGACUGGCUGCUGAGGCUGAUGUGUGGGGGUGUGGAGAUCAGGACCAUCUAUGCAGGGCACAAACAAGCCAAGGCAUGCAUCUUCUCACGCUUAAGCUCAGAGCGUGCUGGCACGCGAUUCAAUGUCCGAGGAACAAAUGAUGAUGGACAAGUGGCCAACUUUGUGGAAACUGAGCAGGUUAUUUUCCUGGAUGAUAAAGUCUCAUCCUUCAUACAGAUCCGUGGGUCCAUUUCUCUUUUCUGGGAACAGCCGGGAAUCCAGCUCCCAGACAUCUUUGGUCAGGUUGGUUCUCAUCGUGUCAAACUCUCAAGGGGAUUUGAGGCAAAUGCGCCGGCAUUUGAAAGACACUUUACUGCACUGAGGCGGUUGUAUGGUAAGCAGGUGAUAAUCAACCUGCUUGGAAGUAAAGAAGGGGAACACAUGCUCAGCAAAGCGUUUCAGAGUCACCUGAAAGCAUCAGAACAUGCUUCAGCAGUGAAAAUGGUGAACUUUGACUACCAUCAGAAUGUGAAAGGUGGAAAGGCAGACAAACUUCACAGUGUCCUCAAGCCCCAGCUCAACAAAUUCAUAGAAGAGUGUGGUUUCUUCUACUAUUCUGGAGAAACUGGGAUAUUAAGGACUCAGGGAGGGACUAUGAGGACCAACUGCCUGGAUUGUUUGGAUAGAACCAACAGUGUCCAAGCUUUUUUUGCUCUCGAGAUGCUGCCUAAGCAGUUGGAACAAAUGGGUUUGACAGAGAAACCACAGCUGGUGGCCAGGUUUCAAGAGGUUUUUAGGACCAUGUGGUCCGCUAAUGGUGACUCCGUCAGUAAGAUCUAUGCAGGCACCGGGGCCCUGGAUGGCAAGGCCAAGGCGGGGAAGCUGAAAGAUGGAGCUCGUUCUGUGACUCGGACCAUCCAGAACAACUUCUUUGACAGUUCAAAGCAGGAGGCUAUAGACAUCCUGAGGCUAGGCUCCACACUCAACAGUGAUUUGGCAGACAAAGCUCGGGCUUUGCUCACCACUUCCAGUCUUUAUGUCACUGAACCUGUCUUACAAUCAGCAUCUCCAAGAGUAUUGUUGGGAAUGUGUCAGAACUACCAUAAAUACACAAGGCCCAAGCAGAUUCGUGUUUGCAUCGGUACCUGGAAUGUCAAUGGGGGUAAACAGUUUCGAAGCAUUGCUUUCCGCAACCAGACACUCAACGACUGGCUGCUGGAUGCUCCAAAGAAUGCAGGACAUCCUGAGUUCCAGGACAGCAGAACAAACCCCAUAGAUAUCUUUGCCAUCGGUUUCGAGGAAAUGGUUGAACUGAAUGCGGGAAACAUUGUCAGUGCCAGUACUACCAACCAGAAGCUGUGGGCUGCUGAGCUCCAAAAAAAUAUCUCACGGGACCACAAGUAUGUGCUGCUUGCCUCAGAGCAGCUGGUGGGAGUGUGUCUUUUUGUUUUCAUCCGCCCACAGCAUGCACCAUUUAUCAGGGAUGUAGCUGUUGAUACUGUAAAAACUGGAAUGGGUGGCGCCACAGGUAAUAAAGGAGGUGUGGCAAUCCGCCUGUUGUUCCAUACCACCAGCAUCUGCUUCGUCUGCUCCCACUUUGCUGCCGGCCAAUCACAGGUCAAAGAGAGGAAUGACGACUACAAUGAGAUCACACGCAGACUCAGUUUCCCCAUGGGCCGUCUGCUGUAUUCACAUGAUUAUGUGUUCUGGUGUGGAGACUUUAACUAUCGUAUAAGUCUGCCUAAUGAGGAAGUAAAAGAUCUCAUCAAGCAGCAGAACUGGGAUGCCUUGACAGCAGGGGACCAGUUGUUGGACCAGAAGAAUGCCGGUUUGGUCUUUCGAGGUUUUAUUGAGGGAAAAUUAGAUUUUGCCCCCACCUAUAAGUAUGACCUCUUCUCAGAAGACUAUGACACCAGUGAGAAGUGCCGCACGCCCGCCUGGACUGACCGUAUACUUUGGAAGAGGAGAAAGUGGAACUUUGACAAAACAGCCCAGGAGAUGAAUAUAGUAGCAGCAGCUUCUUCAUCUAGAGAUAGUGAUGAUGAUGUAGAACAAACCUGGAGCCCUGGCACUUUAAAGUACUAUGGAAGGGCUGAGCUGAAGACCUCAGACCACAGGCCUGUGGUGGCAGUGAUAGAUGUGGACAUCCUAGAAGUGGACCCAGAGGCUCGGCAUCAGGUCUACAAGGAUGUCAUUGCCCGGCAGGGGCCUCCAGAUGGGACCAUUCUGGUGUCACUCUGCUCCUCCGGGCCUGACGACUACUUUGAUGAUGCACUCAUAGACGAGCUGCUGGAAAAGUUUGCUAAUUUUGGAGAAGUUAUCCUCAUUAGGUUCGUUGAGGAGAAGAUGUGGGUGACUUUCUUGGAAGGGUACUCUGCUCUAGCUGCUCUGUCUCUCAGUGCUUCCACUGUCCUUGGCAAGGUGAUCGAUAUCCGUCUGAAGAGUCCAGGCUGGAUCAAGAGUCUGGAGGAAGAGAUGAGUGUGGAGAGGAUCUGUGGAAGCAUUCCCACAUCUGCCAGCUCCACCCUGCUUGCUGAAGAUACAGACGUGGGUGAUGAUGAUUACGACAUGGAAGGUGAUGUGGACGAGGAGGUUGAGGAGAUCCUUCCUCAGCACCUGCAGCCUGGAGCAGGGACUGGCCCUGGAUCUUCCCCUCUCCCUUCUCCCAGAAGUAGCCCCUGUCCCUCCCCCACCCAUGGAGAACCUGCUGCACCCAGCAGACCUAGCCGUGGAGCACAGCCCUCCCGACCAUCGCAAGGGCCUCCUGUUGACUUCCAGCCUGGUGCCCCCACAGCUCAAGGCCUGGAGCCCAAACGUCCACCUCCUCCUCGCCCCAACGCCCCCCCUGCCAGACCAGCACCUCCACAACGCCCACCACCACCUUCAGGAGGCAUGAGCCCUCUGCCAGUUAGAAGGCACUCUGGAGGAGGCAUGAGCCCUCUGCCAGAUAGAAGGAGCUCUGGAGGAGGCGUGAGCCCUGAGCCAAUUAGAAGGCACUCUGGAGGACAAAAAAGCCCUGCUCUUCCUCGGCCAGAUGCUGCAGGUCGAGGGCAGACAGCAGCAGGAGCACCUGGACCAGGAGGUGCUUCCAGACCAAAUAUCCCUCCUCGAGCCGGGGUAAUCAGUGUGACACCUCAGUCUCGCCCACCACCUCCAUCUCACCCUGGAGCACCAAGGCCCAUUCCAGAGGUGCAUCCCGGGGCCCCUCACCCUAUUUCAGAUACCCACCCUGGAGCCCCACGACCUGUGCCCAGUGCCCAGACCAAACCAGCUGACCUGCCUCUGGGUCCUCAACCCUCAGGAGCACCUCCUGCAGCUCCACCUGCAGUGAAGCCCCAGGUUUCAUCACCCAUGCAGCCUCCCAUGCAGCCUCAGCCAGCUGCCCCUCCAGCUCAGUCUCAGCUUCCACCUCCAAUGCAGCCCACACUUCCAGCUCCUCUCCAGCCACAGCCAGCGCCAGCCCCUAAAGCAGCAGGUCCUUCUGCUGCACCUGCUGCUGCCACCCCCGCCGGGCCUCAGCCGAGUUUAGCCUCUCCUAAACCCCCACCACGUUCCCGCUCCUCUCAUGCUCUGCCGCCUGACGCUGCCAAGUCUGAGACUGCCCCAGCUGCACAGACAAACGGACUGAAUGGGAUUCAAGGAGAAGCACAAUGGAAGCCCGACCCCUUUGACACACUUACAUCUGAUUUCUUGCCCUCCUCAUCCUCUUGGCACACCACCCAGUCACUGACCAGAGGAUCCUCCCGGCGUACGCCAACUGUCUUUUCCUCCACCACUCUCCCAUCAUCCUUCUCCCACCAGUCCUCCACUCUAGCAGAUUUGCAAGCCUUUGAUUCAUCCUCUUCUUCUUCACUCUCCACCCCGUCACCAUUUGCCUCGACGCUGCUCCCUCCUCCUCCGGUCCCGUCUCGCAGUCGCUCUCAGGAGACGCUACGCGCCUCCCCCAACCCUUUCUCAGCUGACCCACUUCCUGCCCGACCCAGCAGCACCAACCCCUUCACUGGCCCACUGGUGCAGCAGCAGCAGCGGCGCCCGCUCACACCUGACUUCACUUUUCAGCUUUCGCCUCCAACAGCAAACCUUCAGAGAACUGUGUCUCUUACUCCACCACUGAUACCCACCCCAGCUCAAACAGGAGCUCCUGCAGCUGUACCCACCACCCAACUCCAAAAGACCAUGUCUCUGUUUGGACCAUCAUCCAGUCUUAAUCCUGCUCCUGCUUCUUUACUCCCUCUUGCCCUUAACCCAUCUCCUCCUCCCACUUUACCCAUGGUGGCACCCUCAUCUCUUCCACCUGCCGUUGCGCCUCGACACCAGCCACCUGGCCCAGUAGCAAAGCAAGCUAAGCAAUGGGUCACUUUCGAUGAUGAUUUUCAACCUCCAAGCAAAACUUCACAAAACCCAGUCUUUCCUUCCAGUUCCCUCGUGCCCCAAACUCAGAUGCAGCCUUCCAGCUCUGUGUUUAAUUUAGAACCAGAGUGGUUAUCUUCCAUGCCUGCAGCAAUCCCGACCCUCUCUCCUCCCAUCCCAAAUAGAACUGCAACCAGUAACCCAAAGCUCCCAGAGGGACCCACUGACAACGGCUUAUUCCCCAGGGAUUCAAUGGAAAGAUAGAAUCACAGUUCAUAUGUAAAGGGCAUAUCCAGAUAUGUAUAGAUCUAUGAUAAAUGUGUAUAUGUGUGUAUGUACAAAAGAGACAGUAUUUAAGAAGUAUAGACCAAUUCCCUUCUGAAUUACAGGAAAGGCUUUGUAUCUCAAGCAGUACGAUGAGAAGAGUAUGAGCCCAAAAGUGUGUUGUUGACUUUACGUUCCCGGAUAUUAACACUUAUUUUACUAAGAAUCAUUCUGACCGUUAUUUUUUAUUCAUGGCAGCAAACAUGUGCCUGUGUCUACAGUAUGUUAAUCAAAGUAUAUCUAUACGCACAAAUCAUUUGUGUAUUCACUUGUGCAAUAUCAAAAUAUUCCUUGGCCGUGCACCACGCUGCACUUGCCUGCGAAGUUUUACCUAAAUCUGUGUAACUUUUAAAAUUGCACACCACGGUUCAUAUCCUUCAUUUUGAAUGAGCUCCUCGCCGGAGUUGAUGCUAAUCUACUUUUCACAGUAUCGUCACAGAAGGUUAUGCACUGCAGGUUUACAUUUGCCCCGAUGUUUGCUGCUGUCCGCAGCAGUUUUCUUUGAUUUGCAAAUAUAGUUAAUUGUACGUUUUAUUUCUGUUCUUUUGUAUGUGAGAUAAAAAAUUAUAGCAUUACAUGGUAUGCUUGCUUUUAUCAUGAAUGUACUUUAUUUUGCACUGGAGGUUGUCAUCACCUCCUUGCUAAAGCCACAGUGUGGAAAAAGACAGCACAGGUCAGUUAAUGUGACUGCUCACCCAGGGAGCCAUGCUCUUUAAUAUCAUCUCAUCCAGCGGAUAGAAAUGCAUUUUGUUUUCUCUCUGUUCAUUCAGGUUUCUUACGCUUAGCUGAACAUAUUCUGUAGCCCUCUAUCAAAACCUAUACAUAGAAGUUAUGUAUAAAUGUGUGUUUCCAGUAUGGAAAAUAAUUGGGGGGGUGUGUGUGUGUGUGUGUGUGUGUGUGUGUUGUCAGAGGUGAUGUGUCAGUAUUUUGUCCUGUACUACCUACUUCACUUUUUCACUGCUGUUAGUCAGCGUUAACGUUAACGUUGACGGUGAUGAUAAGCAAUAGAUUUGCAGAAGGAUGAGCAACAGGUACCAUGCCUCGACACAUGCCAUUUCCCCCAGCCUUCAGGAAUUAUGUUAUUUGAAAAGCAUUACAGUGGUUCAUGAAAGAUGAACAUCAGAUUUAAGAACGCGCCACCUAACUAAUGCUUCUGCUUUCUGUUUAAACACUUGUAAAAUACGCAAAGAUAAUCUUCAUUCACUGCAAUGAAGGCAGUAGCUCUCUAUGUAAGCAAGUGUAUCGGCUGCCUCUGCUUACAUGUAAGUGUCAUCUCUAAAAUGCAUCUGUGUUAUUCAAAGUGUGCAGUAGAUACUGUAUCUGCAUUAACAGUAGGUGACUAGCCAGCGCUUUGUGUCAUGUCACAGUUCGAGAUGACAUUUUAUAGGAAAUAAAAUGCUCCUUUUGUGAGGUUGGUGUCCCUUUUUAUGGCUAUAAUCCAUAGUAACUAAGAGUCUGUGUUGUGGAACAUAUUCUGUAUGUAUUAAAGUGAAAACCUAGAGCUGUAAUUCACAUUAAUAUCCAAUGUUCCAUAAUUUAUGUGCACAGCAGACAGCACAUUUAUGUAUGAAGCAGUUUAUGUUGUAUGUAUGCAAAAAAUAAAUAAAUGUAUGUUGACAUGA